GCUGUGCUGCGGCGCUGCUGGCAACUGCCCUGGGAGAUGACAACGCCUCCUGUAAGAAUCCCACCCUUGACCUUCUGUUCCUUCCCCCCUGCAGGCACCUUUGCAGCAACGCUCCUGGGAGUGAACGAGGUUCCCAAGAACAACUCCAAGGCAGCCAAGCCUCUGUGGGUGACCUGCGAGGCGUGGGCUACCUGCGCCUCACAAUCUACAG